CGUAUCCAUCAGUACAAAUAUUGGAGCAUAUUAUAAUUCCUGCGCCGCUACCCCAGGCAAAUACUCAAACGCAGCCGUCAGAAAUGGUAGCUUUACAUCCACAAUCCGCGAUGGGUGACAUGCAUCAAUUUCCAAAUAAUCCAGCUCAACAACAACCAAAUUUACCACUACAGCUACCUGUAAAUAACGGCGGCAACAAUCACUUUCAUGCCCCGUUGCCUAGGGGGGAAAAAGAUAUGCAAUUACUAAGAGAAUUUUAUGAACACGUCUCGCCGCCGUCUUCAGCAGCCAUCGACCGAGAAGAGGCGCCACCACCACCACCGCCGCCGCCAUCUCAUGAAUCGCCCAGAUGGCACGAGCCGUCCACACCCCAAGAGCUGGCGAUGUUAUCAAUGGGGUGUCUGGAGAAGAUGCUGACAAUUUUCCAGGCCAGACAAAGAAAUUCCCAACUCCAGACGGAGCGUUUAGAACGGGAAUUGGCUGCACCACGGCUUCAAGAUGAAAACCUGCAUCGAGACAUGAAGUUUAUUAUAAAUUACAUGCAAUUUUUAAAGAAUAGCUAAUUUUUCUUUUUAAAUUUAAUUUCACAUUUGUAAUAGUAGGUACUUCGGUAGGUACUUACGAGUAAUAAGUAAAACAUUAAUGUAAUGUAGCUAAUUUUACGUAGAAAAUACAUGGAUUAUUUAAUGCGAUUGUUGAUAUUAAUUAAUUUAGUUUACCUGCCACAAACAUUCACGGUAUAACUUUAAAUGCAAUAUUUACGUACCUACC